UAAUAAUAGCCAUACGCUUUGGGUUUUGUACAGUCUAUCAACGAUUAUCAAAUUAAAUCAAAACCCAGUUAAUGUUCGACACUCAACAUGAUCGCUAGUAUUUGGGUCGCUUUCGCUACAACGUCGGUAUUUGGCAUCGGCCAACUUACGCAAUGUUCAAAGCCAAAAGUUCAAGCUUAUUUUACCAAAGUGGAAUUUGUUAAUCAAUUACCUGAGGUACUUCAAAUUAGUCACUAUUUGAAUCGUACCGACGAAAAUAUUACUGCACUUUAUGUGAAAUUCGAUCUUCGGGAAGAUUUGGAUCAACUGAAUGGGAUUUUUAACAUUAAAUUUCAACAUGGUAAAAAUCUGAUGAACUAUUCUACACUCGAGUUGAACUACUGUGAAGCGUUUCAAAUGGUUCACAAGCAUUAUUUGGUACGAAUGGUAUUUGCGGGAUUAAGACGCGUUUCUAAUCUACCUCUAAAGUGUCCUUUCAAAAAGGAUAUGCAAUACUAUGUCAAUGGAUUUAUGAUUGACAAUAGAGUAAUACCAAGUUAUAUACCUCAACUUGCUUUUAAGGCAGAGAUAACAGCUGCAUCAAAACAACGUAACAUUGUUGAUAUUAUACUUUUUGGUCAGGUGCAACGAAAAUAA